GAUAAUCAUGGCUGGAGGAGGAAACACCGUCAAGGAGAUGACUAAAAGUUUCGGAAAAUUGGACAAGUUUCAAGGACAAGACUUCAGGCGUUGGCAGAAGAAGAUGCAUUUCAUGUUGACAACGUUGAAGGUGGUGCACGUCCUGUCUACACCGAUUCCAGAAAUUGGGGAGGAUGACACGGUUGAAAAUCUGAGACACCGAUCAAAGUGGGAGAACGACGAUUACAUAUGCAGAGGGCACAUUCUUAACGGUAUGUCUGAUCCCUUAUUUGAUAUUUACCAAAACGUGGAAUCUGCAAAGGAAUUGUGGGAUUGUCUCGAAGCCAAGUACAUGGCAGAGGACUCAUCCAGUAAAAAGUUCCUGGUGACCGAUUUCAACAAUUACAAAAUGGUUGAAUCGAGGUCUGUCAUGGAACAAUUCAAUGAACUCCUCCGAAUCCUUGGACAGUUCACACAACAUGGAUUGAAGAUGGAUGAAACAAUAUCUGUCUCAAGCAUCAUAGAUAAGUUGCCUCCUUCAUGGAAGGAUUUCAAACACAAUCUGAAACAUGGAAAAGACGAACUGUCUUUAAUCCAACUUGGAAGUCACUUGCGCAUAGAGGAAUCUCUACGAGCGCAUGAGGAUAACAAAGGAAAAGGCAAAGAAAUUGCUGGACCCUCGGUUAAUAUGAUCGAAGAGGGUGGUAAGAACGAUAACAACAAAAACAAAGGAAAGAAGCGUGCUUUCAAUAACAAAAAGGGCAAUUUCGGUGUUAACAAGAAACCGAAACUAGAAUGCUGGAAGUGCUGA